UUGCUUUAUAAAGAAGUUCUGCCCAGCAGCUGUUCAUGAAAACGCUGUGGUCAAACCUGGCGAGAGGAAGUGACUCUGUAGAUUAUAGAGCGGCGUGAUUGAAGCCUACACUUAUAUCUGAGACGGCUGUUCAGUGAUUACAUUGUCUUAAUUUUGUGUGAGACCUGAACGUGUGACUGAACGAGUACAAUGGCUGCUAUCAGAAAGAAGCUGGUGGUGGUCGGGGACGGCGCGUGCGGCAAGACGUGUCUCCUGAUCGUGUUCAGCAAGGACGAGUUCCCUGAGGUGUACGUGCCCACGGUGUUUGAGAACUACGUGGCGGACAUCGAGGUGGACAGCAAGCAGGUGGAGCUGGCGCUGUGGGACACGGCUGGUCAGGAGGACUACGACCGGCUCCGACCCCUCUCCUAUCCGGACACGGACGUCAUACUCAUGUGCUUCUCUGUGGACAGCCCUGACUCGCUGGAGAACAUCCCUGAGAAGUGGGUUCCUGAGGUCAAACACUUCUGCCCUAACGUGCCCAUCAUACUAGUGGCCAACAAGAAGGACUUGCGCAAUGAUGAGAAUGUGCGCAAUGAGCUGGCGCGCAUGAAGCAGGAGCCGGUGAAGGGCGAGGACGGGCGCGCCAUGGCCGUGCGCAUCGGCGCCUACGACUACCUGGAGUGUUCGGCUAAGACUAAAGAAGGCGUGCGGGAGGUGUUUGAGACGGCCACCCGCGCCGCGCUGCAGAAGAGGACGAGACCCGCCCCGGGCUGUGGCCAGUGCUGCAAACUGCUCUGAGCUGCCUUCACUGAACUCUUCUGAAAAUCCCGAGAAAUCACGACGUGUCCUGCUCCGUCGCUACACGAACGCACACGCAGAACAGCAGCUGUUGCUGUAAAAAUGGGCGCGUCUCCUUUUUGUGAAGUAUCGAGUUCCUCUAAAGCCCAUUGAGGGGAAGAGGGGACACUGAUUUCCCCCCUUGCCCGUUGCAUUAUGGGAUCGGACGGCUGGGGGUGAAUUGCAAACCUAUUGGUCUACUGCAAGUCAGACAAUGGGGUUUACAGCUAUGAGCAGCCUUCCUAAAUAUUUAUAGGGUCAAAAAUUGACGCCUCGGGUUAUCCUGGUGCCAGACAUGACUAUAGAGAGAGGGAGAGAGGGAGAGAGAGAGAGAAACACUGAAACUGUUGCCACGCAGUGCUGCAAAAGCUUGAAGAAAUGCAUGAGGAUGCAUGGAGGAUGGAUGGAGUGGGGGAUGUGGGUGGUCAGGGCUCAGGGCUGUUUCAUUGCGCUUUGCUCAAAAUUCAACUUGCUUUCAAUCACAGCCAGUGAAAUAUAUAUAUAUAUAUAUUUUUUUUUUUUACAGUGCAUUAAAAUGUUGCCAUACAGGUCACAGUGUGUGUAUGUAUGUAUGUGUGUGUAUAUAUAUAUAUAUAUGAUGUGUAUAUAUACACAUACAUAUAUGUAUACAAUUUCCCAGCCUCAUUUGAUUGCUUAUUUUAUUUGCACUGGGUUACAAUGCAGUCCACAUGUACAUAAUGUUUAAAUUAUUGUUUUGGUAAUCUGUUGUAAAACUAGGAGGUUUUAAAUGCCAGGUCUACCAUGAUCAGCAUAAUCCCACUGCACUGAAAGAAACUGCCAUUUGCUGUCUAAAAGAAUGAAACAUAACAUUGUACAAGCCCUUAUCUUUGUGUUCGAUACCACCGAGGCACACAGCUUAAGAGGAGAUUUACAAUAAAUGCAUUUUUUUUCCACUU